AUGUCCCCAGUUCAGUCCUACACUCGUCGCCACAUCAUCCGUUCAACCUACCAAUCCCUCUAUCACCCCCUCUGCCCCAACGCAACCUUUCGCUUUGUCCUUGCACGCCCAUCCUUGCCCCAUGUCCCCCUCAUCGAAGCUGAAAACGCGACAUAUGGGGACUUGGUGGUAUUGGAUCAUUUGGAGGAGAACAAACAAGUUGCGAAUACGGUCAAGACGAUAGAGUUCUUCAAAUGGUUGGCACAAGUAGGAAGGGAGUGGACAUGGGUGAGCAAGGUUGAUGAUGAUUCGUUUGUGAAUGUUCAGGCGUUUUGGCAGGAGUUCCUACUUCCGCGGAUCAAAAGUAGGGAGACAAGUAUGGUGUUGAUGGGGAGAAGGUGUUUCAACCCACUGUUUCCGUAUCCUAGUGGUGCGUUUUAUACGGUUUCGUGGGAUAUGACGGUGAAGCUGGCCGAGCUACACGCUAUAUCGGGGAUCACGACGGAGCAUGAGGACUUGCUCAAUGGAAGGUUGCUGUACGAAGCGAACGUGGAACAUAAUUUCGUCGGACUUGAUCAACGGCGAUUCUUCGACUACAAUCCAGAGGUGGAUGGUGAGCAAGGGUGGGAGCACAAGGUGUUCGAAGGCGCCAUCUGUCCACAUAUGCUUAAGGAUGAUGCGGUUUACUUGAAUGUUGCGUCGCUGUUUGAGAGAGAUGGCACGAACAGAGUGGGAUAG